AUGCCACGUCUUACUCUGGACCCUAACUUGGAAGUGAGGCCAGAUUUCGCGUCUGCGGCAUACGACGCCCUUUGCACCGCCCUUGCAGCGGCGGAAGGAGUCGACAAGGAGGCCAUCGUCACCCGCCUCUCAGAUGCCUGGAACGUUGAGAACAACGCCAAGAAAGCAGCAUGGGACGAGCAAGUCAGGCAGGACGAAGCCGAAGAAGUGGAGGCCGACCUCGCCCGAGAAUGCGAGCGACAACUCGAGCUCGAGGAACGCAGAAAGGAGGAGGAGACAGAAAGAAAGGAGAAGGAGAAGAAGAAGCCGAAACUCAAGAAUGUCGCCCCCAACAAGCUCGUGAGGAACACCGUGCGGCUUCGUCCCUCACGUUACGCCAUCCACAAGCUAGAAGAACGAGAAUACGUCGAGCUAUACUAUUUCACCCAGGAAGGGUGCACUGAAGCCCUGACAAUCGACCGCACCAUUGCCCAGGACGCUUUCACAUUCACCAAAGCCGACGAAACCUUGCUGCUCAAGCCCAUGGCCUCCCACAAACCAUCCAACAAAGCGGUCCCCGACGAGAACCUCACCUGGCGUCAAGUGUCACUCGCCAAAACCACCCUAUUGCAUCACAUGUCCCAGGCCGGUUGGCCUGAAUACCUCGUCAUCAUGCUCGCCGAGUUCUACCUCAACCUCGAGGCCCACCCCACGCGCCACGAAGUUGAUGGUGACACCAUCCUCCUUCACUACCAAGCCCAAGUCAGGCGCGAGUGGCACGAAGCCCUCAGGAAUGCCGAUGACGAUGAAGAUGUCUUUGACAUAAGCAACAUCAACGACAGGCGCGUCGAUGCUAUUGGGACGAAGAUUUGGAAUGCCCGGCGCGACGAAGGUGUCCCCAGGUUAGUAACCCCCCCCACCCUUCAGGGUAUCCUGCCGAGGCUGACGUAUCUUGUUUCCCCCUACUCCCAACCUUGA